AUGCGAAAAGUGAGUGAGGAACGAAUAAAACUGCAGGAUACGAAUAAAGGACAGACGGAAAGUUUCCCUCAAUCAUCUCAUUUGAGUGCUCAUAAGAAGACGCAUACUGGUGAAAAGCCGCACCGCUGCACGAUAUGUGGGAAAAGUUUCAAUAAAUUAUGGGGUUUAUGCAGACACAACAGAAUUCACACCGGUGAAAAGCCGUACAGUUGUGCGAUAUGCAAUCAAAGAUUCUCUCAAUUAUCGGAUUUGGGCAGACAUAACAAAACUCAUACCGGUGAAAAGCCGUACAGUUGUACGGUAUGCAGUAGAAGUUUCUCUCAAUCAUCGAAUUUGAAUGCACAUUGGCGGACGCAUACCGGUGAAAAGCCACACAGUUGUACAAUAUGUGGGAAAAGUUUCUCUAGAUCAUCGGAUUUGAUCAUACAUCAUAGAGCCCAUACCGGUGAAAAGCCAUAUAGUUGCACGAUAUGCAAUCAAAGCUUCUCUCAAUCAUCGAAUUUGAAUGCACAUAGGAGGAUGCAGCAUAAUGCCGCACCGUUGUACGAUAUGCGGGAAACCUUUCGAUCGAAGCAAUAG